AAGAUGGCGGCGGCAGCGAGCGCUUCGCGGCGGUUCUUCGAGCUGUUCGUGGCUCGCGUGCCCUGGACUGCCUCGGCAAAUGAAGUAAGAGAAUAUUUUAGCCAGUUUGGUACUGUGAGAAAAUGCAUACUGCCAUUCGAAAAAGAAACAGGUUUCCACAAAGGCAUUUGCUGGGUUGGAUUUUCUACAGAGGAAAGCCUAAAGAAUGUUUUGCAGAAAGAAAAUCAUAUCCUGGAGGGAGUUAAGCUUGAUGUUAAACUUCAAAGAAAUAGAGGAUUUCCACACCAACAGUCUGACAGAACAACCACUGACAACAGUUAA